CCCUCACUCCCUCCCUCACUGACUGGCUGGGUGGGGUGGUUGGGUUGCAGGGCAAUGGGGGGAUCGUGAGGGUAAAUUAGCAAAGGGAGUGGAGAAUCACGCGGAGGGGGAUCAUGACUAACCUGCAGAUUAAUGGCCUGCUCAACGUGACGACGCUCUAGGCUCUCUCUCUCUCAUGCUUUGCAUUGCGCUUAGCCAGCCAGCCAGCCCCACCCCCCCCUUCCCCAACCAGUAACGCCUCCGCGAGUGGGCGGCACGCGCUGCCGGGGCCCGCUUGCCCGCCGUGAGCCGUGGAUCCCUCAUCGGACGGUUUGUGGUGGCUCGUGUGGCCUCCACGCUCACCCUCCGGGCCCCAUUGGGUCCUUUACAAACUCUGGGAUGCGCGGCAGCUCUCUCGUAUCAGCUGCAGCAGCAUCCCCUCUCCCAGUUGCCAGCCCUCGCUUCUCAGCGCUCUCAGCUCGGUCGCCGCGGGAGCCUUGCAUUGAGCCAGCCGCGUUCAGACUAUGGCUCGUUUGCAGCAGCUCCUGUGAGGCGACUUCCUUAUCGUUUCCCCCUUGCAGUUUAAGUGCAUUGUGAAGAGAUUUUUCUGAAGCGCAAAUUGGGUUGAUCUUCAUCUCUCCAGUUCUCAAGUUGAAUAGAGGGAAAUUAAACCUCGUGAUUCGUACCUGAGGGCUAGGCGAGGUGAUUCCAUGAGAUUUUGAGCUCUGGGACUGAAGUUACAACUAGCUUGAAGGUGGAUUUACUCUUUGCUAGUUUUCUCGUUGAGUCCGGAGCCAAGUUAUAUGAGAAAGAGGUCUUCAGGAGUGAGUCUGACAAUCUGGUGGAGGCCAGUGGGAGAUGCAGAGUCCGAGGUUCUAAUCGAUGAGGGAGGAAACCUUCUGUUUCACAUGCCUUUGAUAGUUGUAGUUUGAGAACGUAUACCACCGUGGAAGUUCCUCGGGCGCUUAGUGGUGUUCACGACAGUCCUGCACUUGUUCAUGGUGAUAAUCAGUGUGCACAACUUUGCAAAUCACUGAGCAUUGCAGUUGUACGGGUGCUCACAGACAGUACUAGCUGCUAUUACCGUUCAGUGCGGUUAAAGCAGUGGCUGGUUUAUCAGCCAAUAGCAGGUUUUGCUGCUGUUGUAUAUGCUCGUAGGCCAAACCGCUAGUUUCGUCCAUCACCUCCUGCUUUUGUGGUUUAAGAGAGGUUUUUAUCGAACUGCUUCUAUGGAAGUCAGACUCUCGGUAAUCGAAGGCGUAGAGGUUUAGUGUUGCUACGGUAAUUCCUACGGUCCUUUCGACGCUUCAGCACAACGUCGACAUUGAAACGGUGACACAUUGUCUCCGACAUUUUUUGUUUCUUCUCCGACACAUUCAUUUUUACAAGUGAACUUCUGCAUUUUCAAACUCUAUCUAGCACAAUGGGGGUUCCAAUUGCAGACCAAGCCACCGAGCUCUCAGCCUCCAGACGCAUCACGUACCUGCAUGGCCGUCCUUCCAACUACGAUGUAGAGGAAAGGCCGAUGUUCGCUACCCCAACCUCAUCCAAGGCACCGCUUGAAGAUGAAAUCACAGCUCCCAAAAAGUCCCCUCACUACUCGCACCGAGCGCCUUGGCUGCGAGCUUUGGUCCUGGGUGGUAACGACGGCCUGGUAUCCAUCACAUCCCUGAUGCUUGGCGUAGACGCGGUGGUCAUGGCCGAGAGCGGUAGAGCCUCCGUCAUCAGUGGCGUUGCGGGACUCGUCGCCGGCGCUUGCAGUAUGGCAAUCGGGGAGUUCGUGUCUGUGUUCUCGCAACGCGAUAGCGAGCUCGCUGAUCUAAAUAUCGAGCGUAAGGAGCUUCUCCUUGCCCCCGAUGUGGAGCUGGAAGAACUAACGCAGAUCUACGUGAGUCGGGGCCUCAGCUAUUACCUCGCAAAACAGGUGGCGGAGGAAUUGUCCAGAGUGGACGCUCUGAAGGCUCACGCCAGAGACGAGCUGGGCAUUGACCUGGACGAGCUCUCUAAUCCUGGGCAAGCAGCCCUCGCUUCUGCCAUCGCUUUUGCCUCCGGCGGCGCAGUGCCGCUCCUUGCGGGCUCCUUCAUCUCCAGUUACCCCUACCGACUAGCCUCCAUUGUCGCCUCCGCGUCCCUAGCCCUCGCCUGUUUCGGCGCCAUCGGUGCCCGUCUUGGUGGUGCCAACAUAUUCAAAGCAGCCUUCCGGGUUCUGUCUGGCGGGUGGCUGGCCAUGCUCAUCACCUACGGCAUCCUCCGCCUCAUCAAAUGCUUCUUCAACAUGUGAAUCACGCACGUAUCACUUGAAUCACCGACACCUUGACACCUUCACGCGUUCUGAUCCAUCCCAGAGGAUUAGUCGAUCAUCAGGCCCUGCAUUUGCCACUUUUGUAAUUAUGGGCUCCAUCUCGCCCCUCUUCUAAAUCUGAAUCAGCAUCAACCAUUCUCCAUCUGCUCGCAAUGAUUCUUCUUUUCAUUUCUGCAAGUAAAAACUAAUUGCCGCUGUACAUUGCUUACAUUCUAGUUGUGUUUAGGCAGCGGAACAUUGUGAAUUGAGUCAGCCGUUCGGAAGCUCUCUUCGUUGUCAACAAUGGAGUAAAUGAAGUUUCCUUUCA